GGCCAGAGCCAUUAGUCCGACAGCUGACAGCGCGGAGGUGACCGCUUCUCCCCGCCGGGAACGUCGGUGCCAGCGGUCGCCACGGUCGCAAUCAUCUGAUCGCCUGUCAAAAUCCCCCCCUCGUCUGUCGUCCUCGUGCGUCCUCGCAUCUGCUCGGCAGGAUCGAGCUGUAUGAAUCCUGGAGAUCAACGGAUGCGGAAAUGAUUGGAAGAGAGGCGCGUUCCUGAGUGUCUAGUGAUCUCGUCUGGCCUCAAAAUGCAUGUAAGAAGAUAGUAUCGGCGAGAAUGAACACGAACAUGAAUUCACCAUCGAAGCUCACGGAGUUCGCUCCGUUGAGCCCCGAGGAGAGCCAGCCCGUCGUAGCGUCGCUCUUCUCCAAGUUCUUCAGCUUCACCAAGAGUAGUGCUAAUGAUUCCACAGUAUCUCCCAACAAUGAUGAGCGCAGUUCUUCCGAUUCAGAAUCCUGGAAGCAGUCAGAGAGUACGGAACAAACCCCAGAUGAUGAUAGCGCUAGUAUAAUAAAUUUUCCAUUGGACACUAGUGAGGGUCGUAGCCUACCAAAUGUUCUGAAACGCAUCAGUAAUAUUGUAGCAUUAAAAAGUAAUAAUCUACGUUCGUACAAGGACUCUCAGUUAAGAAGCUACUGGAUGCCAGAUAGUGUGAGCAAACAGUGUUACGAGUGCGGCGAAAGAUUUACGACGUUCCGGCGAAGACACCACUGUCGCGUAUGCGGACAAAUUUUCUGUUCCAAAUGCUGUUCUGAUCAGAUACCAGGAAAAAUUAUGGGAUGCACUGGAGAUCUCAGAGUUUGUACGUACUGCUGUAAAGUAGUUCUUUCAUACUUGCAAUCGUCGGACAUGAGGAGCGAUUUAUCAGCGGAUUUGAAAGCUGUGCAGGAAGAUCUUCAAGUGAAGUACGGAAAUGAUUCACCACUAUUGGCGCGAAAACACGCUAAUGAAGCUAUGGGCGACGAAACGUCAACUUGUCGAAAGCCAAGCGUAGGAUAUAUGGAGGAGAAUUAUGCAACUGGACGGCCAAGCGGUAGCUAUUUAACAUCGCAGGAACGUUCUCUUGCGUUACAAAAUUCAGCUUCUUUAAGGAUGAUAUGGGAAGAAUUGUUUCGCUCUAGUCAAGCUAUACAGUUGCAAACGCACAGAAUUCGAUUGAAGAGUUAUCACAAUUGUUUUCUAGCGAAUGAAUUAGUGAAUUGGAUGAUAGUUCAAAAUAAAGCGGCCACUCGUGUGCAGGCGACUGCGAUAGGCCAGGCAUUGCUAGAAGCGAGUUUCAUCGAAUCGGUUAUUCCUGAUUAUGUAUUCAGCGAUUCGGCGAUCGUGUUUAGACCAGUACCAUUGUCCUCUUUGCAGAACAUAGAUUUAUUAACGGAAAAACGAACGACGUGUGAUGCGCAAGAGCCAGCCUGGGUAAAAACCAUUCCUCAACAUGACUCGGCUACGGAUUCUGAAAGCGAGACUAGACCGAUGAGCUCACAUUCGCAAACUUUUGGUCGCUUACCGUCAUCCAGUUCGAGCUUUUAUUUAGAUUUAAAUCUAGAAGCAUCCACUGUCACAUUAAAGAGACCGACCUCGGAAGAUUUAACCGCGAUUUCCGUCGACAGUAGCGAUGGAAUAAUUGAGCAAAAGGAAAUUAAUCUUAAAUCUCAUGAUUGUAAUCUCAAAAUAUGCGAUGAUCUUUUAAGCGAUACACUCCAAGUACACGAAUUCAAGGAAAAAAAUGGUUGGCACAGAGCGACUAAUCUGAGAACAGCCUUUGGCGAAUUAAGCGCAUACGAGUGUUUAACAUCUGCGUAUAAAGCACAUGAAGAUUCUUUCAUUAAACAACUUCUUAGCAAGGAAGGCUUAUCGCAAACGUGGUCGAAUACGAUUCUGUCUAUCACACAUCAAAUAAUCGAUCAUGUUAGACCGGAUCUAAAUCACGACGCGGAUAAUUUGGACAUUCGACAGUAUGUACAAUUCAAGAAGUGCCCUGGUGAUAGCAGGGAUGACUGCGAGAUCGUGUCUGGCAUAAUUUGUAGUAAAAAUAUCGCUCAUCGCGGUAUGAACGCCAUGAUCGCUCAUCCGAAAAUCUUAUUAUUGCAAUGCGGACUGAUGUAUCAGCGCGUAGAGGGCAAGUUGAUAAGCUUAGAGCCUGUGAUGAUGCAGGAAAACGAAUAUCUGGGACACACAGUGGCGAGAAUUACCGCUUUAGGUCCGGAUGUAGUAUUAAUACAUCGAUCUGUAGCCAGAUUAGCUCAGGAUAGACUAAGGGAAUGUGGCGUGACAUUAGUGCUAAAUGUGAAACUUAGUGUAUUAAAGAGAGUCGCGCGAUGCACGGGCGCAAGUAUUGUGAACACUAUAGAUGCGCACAUAAGCGCAAGAUAUAUGCUUGGCACAUGUAAGAAAUUCUAUCUAAGAAAUUUUCCAGAUGAGCGAAGAGGUGUCAAGACACUAAUGUAUUUCGAAGGCUGUGCAAAUCCGCAUUUAGGCGCGACAAUUGUAUUACGAGGUGGAUCACAGUCCGAAUUAAAGAAAGUGAAGAACGUCACAUCAAUGAUGAUUUUCGCAGCUUAUUCAUGGCGUCUUGAAAAGUCAUUCCUCAUGGAUGAGUUCGCUAAACCACCAUCACCUAAGGACAAUUCGUUUCUAGAUGAAACGUCUCAAAAAGAUUCUUCAAAUGGUGAGAAGACCGAGAACGAAAGCUGCGUUAUUGACGAACAGAUACACGCGAUUGAUGGGAUAAAAAAACUGUCGAAAAUAAAUCAAAAUCAAGAAAGUAUUCCUAACAAUGAACAGAAGACACAGAAUAUUCAAAAAGAUAAUUCAAGUAUACCUAUAAAAAAUAAAAAUGACUCUGAGAAUAUUUUAAAUGCUAAUUCUUUGAAAGAAAUGUCGUCGAUAUUGUCAGAAGAUUCCGAUCCUUACGACACCUUAAAGUUAUUUAAGACGAAAUUAAAACCAUCUCUGCACGACACGAAAGAUACUGCGCCAGUAUCUUGCGAAAAUGAUUCAGUUUUACAUAACGAUGAUAAAUCUAAAAAUUUGCUAACAAAUACUUCGGAUUUCAAUUCCGAUAUCACUGAAGUAUGUAACUCCAUGGGACCUUUCGCGAACAAAGAGACGUGCGUUGAGCAAAAGACUGACGAACUCGCCGACAAAGCUAAGUUGAAAGACAGGAUAUCCUCCGAAGAGAAGCGUAUUUACGGGGAGUCCAUAAGCGACCGAAGUGAUCCAUUGCAUCAAUAUUUGAAUGAGGAUGAUGAGGAUGUAUUCAAUCGAACAAGUCCGAGCGGUCAACAUCUGAGCGUUGCUGAUUUUCCACUGUUCAACAAAUUUAAAAAGGCACUUGAGGGCACCGUGCUGAGCGUAUCGCCGUAUUUAAAAUUUUCGAUACCCUAUCUGGAGACUGAGAUUGGGAGAAAUUGCGUACUGAGAAGCUUCUUUCCGCGAGAGAUCUAUUACUCUACGCAAUUUUUAGACAAUGUCAAGGAGACUAGAACGAAUAGCGUUACUGUAAACGAGCAGCUUACCUCCGAGAAUCGCGAGUGGAUGAACAUUAAACUAAAGCCGCAGCAUCCAUUCGUUCAGGCUCGUUUAACCACGGACGUCGAUGAUCGCGAGGUGCAGAGUCUUCUGGCGAAUUUCCGUGCGUGUGGUAACAGACUUUAUCCAACACAUAACGUAUUGUUGGACAGAACACAGCAGUCACCAACAUCGUUUGAAAGCAACGAGCAACAGAUGCCUUCCUGGCCGGAUUGUUUGGAUCCCACCAGUCACCAACGUCUGUCCGUUCUAUUUUGUAGUUUCUCACAUACCGGUAACGACACUCCAGCAUUCUGCGUAAAUCCCUGGGUCGUAAAUAUGACAAUGUAUGGUCAGAACGACAUCGCCCUCGGUCGUUUCCUGGAGCGUUAUUGCCUGACGACGGAAUACAAGUGCCCGGCGCAAGAUUGUCGCGCGCAAAUAGCUCAGCAUAUUAGGCGUUUCGCACACGAUGGCGGUUGUGUGCACAUCAGCCUCAGCGAGAUGAACUGCGAGCCGUUUGUGCAAGAGGACACCGAUCAAAUCCUGAUGUGGAGCAAAUGCGUCAAGUGUAACAGCGUGUCGCCGGUAAUACCAAUGUCGGGUGACACAUGGUGUUUAUCGUUCGCCAAGUAUCUCGAAUUACGCUUUUACGGUGGAGUCUAUACGAAACGUGGAAUGGACACGUGUCAACACUCUCUGCAUCACGAUCACUAUCAGUACUUCACGCGCAAAAAUAUGCUGGCCGUAUUCAAGUUCACCAAGAUCUCACAGUGGGAGAUCUCUCUACCGCCGCCGUUGAUCAACAUCAUCUAUGACGCAAAGCAGCACGCCAAUGUGAUCGAAGAGAUGAAGAGUGUGACGUUGAAGGGCGACGAAGUAUUCACGAUGAUAAGAGAAAAGCUAACGAGUUUGCAGACGGACUUGGAAGGUCUGAAUCUCGCCAAGCAACAACUGGCUAAGGAUCAGCAGUACUUCAAGAAUAAAAUCGAAGAAAUGCAACUAAAGUUAACAUCACCAACACUUGAGAAUAAGAAAUUAGAAGGUAAGACGUCUGAAAAACAGGUGCAAGGGAUGAUGUUUAGAAUCGAGGAUGGCAUUGUGAUACUUAAAAGACUCAUUGCGGAGGCUGUCUUCACAUGGAAUAACAAAUUGUCGGAGUUGUCAGCUAAAAAGAAGGAUGAGCGGCCACGUCGAUUCACCGAACGAUCCAUGACAGUCGGCAGUAACAGCAUAGUCGAAAACGAUGGAUACAUAACUGAAGACACCGCAUCGGAAUCGCAGGUCGAGGAUCUGAGUCCCAUGUCAGCCGAUUAUAACGCUGUUGACGCGAUCGCAGCGGCGCAGAGUGACUUCCAAGUGUCCGAAGUGAUCGAGAAUUCUGACAAUGAGCCAGUGGAGUCUGCCAAUAAUCCCGACGAUGUCGCUACCGUUCCGGAUUCGCCGAAGAUGCAUCAGAGAUCGCAUUCCGACGUUCUACCUCUGUCCUCCGAUGAUAUUCACGAUAAGAAGAAAAAGAAAAAGACGAUCCUUUCGCAAUUGCUGCCGUCCGUUUCUGUGAACCAUACAAUAUCGAAUCCUUUGGGGCCUUUAGAGCAUUAUCUGCUGCCUCUUGGAUCCGUGGUACCCAUAGUAGUUUACGAAUCCGAGCUUUCAUCCAUAAUCGCGUACGCCUUGGAUUCGCACGACUACAAACACACGUUGCAGGAGCUUUUACGUUCAGCGAAAGGACCGGAGUUGAAUCCUAGUCCACUGAGCAAACGCAAGUUUCCCGAAGGUAGAGACAGCUCUCUAGAUCUGGCACAGUCGGGCGAGUUUAAGCGACCAUCCGUACUGUCCUUCUUCCGAGGCAAUAGUCCCAAUCCAGCCAGCAGUCCUAUUGAAUCCGAUAAGAAUGUGUCAAACGCGGAAACGAGCGGCGGCGGCAGCGGCGUCGUCGGUCCCGAUGUCGACGAUGAUAAGAAAGCGAUAAAGCAGCAAAAUUAUAUCGAAGUGCAGUUCAACGAUGCUACGACCUAUUUCUUCUGCAGGAUAUACUUUGCCGCGCAGUUUGCCGCGCUGAGAGAGAACGUUCUGCCCUGCGGCGAAGACGGCUUUACGAGGAGCCUAAGUCGAACUGUGCAGUGGGCGGCCAGAGGUGGGAAGAGUGGCAGUGCUUUCUGUAAGAGUAGAGAUGAUAGAUUUAUCAUAAAGGAGAUGUCUCGACUCGAAAUGCAGAUCUUUCUCGACUUUGCACCCAAUUAUUUCGCUUAUAUGGAAAAGUGUCAGCAAACUAAACAACCAACAUUACUGGGCAAGAUAGUUGGCGUGUACAGAGUGUCAUUUAAAAACAACACGACCAAUGCGGCACUUCGUACCAGCGUACUAGUAAUGGAAAAUCUCUUUUAUAAUCGAAUCAUCACCGACAAGUUCGAUCUGAAGGGAUCCGUGCGAAAUCGGCUGGUGAAUCCGGACGAUUCGUGCCACGAGGGUGAAUUGGUCUUACUAGACGAGAAUCUGUUGAACAUGAGCUGCGACUCUCCUUUAUAUAUCCGAUCACAUUCCAAGGCAGUAUUAAAUCGAGCCAUCGAACAAGACACCAAGUUUUUAGCCGACAACUCUGUGAUGGAUUACUCGUUAUUAGUAGGCUUGGAGCCGAGUUCCGACGAACUCGUACUCGGUAUAAUAGAUUAUAUAAGAACGUUUACGUGGGAUAAAAAACUGGAGACGAUGGUGAAGAAAUCCGGUAUAUUGGGUGGACAAGGUAAAUUACCGACCAUAAUAUCGCCAGAAGAAUAUCGCGCUAGGUUUAUAGCCGCGAUGCAUCGCUAUUUUCUGCCGGUACCGGACAGAUGGUCAGGUCUAGGUAGAAGCGUUGAGAUACCACCGCAAUAAACGUACCUUUGAAAGAGCUAAGAUAUACGAAUGCAAUUUUACACGCGGCAAUUACAUAAUUGGUGUAGAUUUUUUAUACGCGUUGCAAAGAUACGAGCGCGUCGUGUAUUUAUAUAUUUUAUACCGUGAUAACAUACUUGAGAUAUGUAUCGAUGAAAAGUGAUAUCAAUAGUUACCAGUUUUAAGUAACUUAUUAAUUGUUACGUAAUGUGUAAAUCAAUAUUUUAACUUAUCGUAUAGAAAUAACUUUUACGGCUGCUCGUGAGAGAUUAGGUGUAUAUGUAUAAAUCUUAAUUUGCAUAUAUACAUAUACACACACACACACACACACACACGCGCGCGCGCGCGCGCACACACACACACACACACACACACACACACACACACACACACAUAUACAUACAUAUACAUUAACCGGAUGUACAUAGUAUUUUCUAACAUGUUCGUUUUGAAAGCGGCUGCUCGUUCUGAAACUCUACAGUACAAAGGUACCAAUGAAAUAAGACCGUAAGAAACUAAGAAAGAAGAGAAGGAAAAGCACUAUUAUCAAUAUUUUAUUUAAUUUUUCAAAAUUAUGUACAUGACCAUUAUCUGUCUUUGUAAUAGUCAAAUAAACAAUAAUAAUCUUAA